UUUAUUGAUAUUGACGCCACGCCAUUGACAUAUGUGCAUACAAAUACAAUUUUAAUUGUCUUAACAAUGGCGAAAUCGUCGCGUAAAACCGAGGAUCUGCAGUCGUUCCUGAACAAUUUCCACAAGGAAAUAGAAGACGGCAGCGACGACAAAGUUGUGCACAAGAUUCUGAAAUCAAUCCGAGCCGAGGACGGAGUCGACGAGGGCGAUGAAGACUAUGUUGAAGUCUCUGAGGAAGAACAGUCAGGAGAAGACGCGGACUAUGAUCCAGGUGAGGAGGAGGACGACGCGGACAAAUACUUUAUUGACGACGACGGAAACUGCUAUAUCAAGACAACCAAAAAGCAGAAGGAGCUGCUGGAAAAGUUGAAGAGCUCGGCCAAAAAGCCCAGCAAGACCACCCGUCCAAGUGCUGGUAAGGCGUCCAGCAAAGUCAUAAAUUUACGGCCUGCCGUAUCUCCCCCGAAAAGGGUCACAAGGUCGGCAGCAGAGCCAAAGCCAAUCAGUGUACGAGCAACGAGUGCAGCAGCAGUAGUAGCUGCUAGUCCUAGUCCCAAGCUGCCGGCAAAGGCAUUUGCUAACACUACCAGAGGCAGGCCAAAAAAGGUACUAAAGGUUCCCUCACCGAAGCUCGAGCCGAAAUCCGAGCCCCUCGACAUCGAGCGCGAGAUCGAGGAACUGGUGGCUGAAACAGAUGAUGCAGUUGUCGUAGCCGAUAUCACUGGAAAUUCUGAAUACACCAUUGACAAUGAUGCCGUAGAAGCCCUGGACAAUGUGGCUGAUGGCGAGGUCUAUGAGUUCGAUGACAACCCACCAGAAGACACCAAGCAGGAACUGAAGAUCACUACCAGGCAGUUCUUACUGAAGCCUGUGCCAACUGUGGAGAAAAAAACGCCCAAGUCGCAUCCCUUCAGCUGUUCUCAGUGCGCCUACACGACCAACAAGAAGUUUCUCAUUACGCGCCAUAACAAAACUCACGAGACUGAGUUGUCCUACAUAUGCUCCAUAUGCGAUCGAGGAUUCAAGACCAAUGUGGGAUUGGUCAACCAUGUGAACACCCAUUUGGGGAAUAAGCCGCACAAAUGCAAGCACUGCGAGAGCGCCUUUGUCACCACGGGCGAGCUGAUAAGACACACCAGAUACAAGCACACCAAGGAGAAGCCCCACAAGUGCACGGAGUGCAGCUACGCUUCGGUGGAGCUGACCAAGUUGAGACGCCACAUGACCUGUCAUACAGGAGAGCGGCCAUACCAGUGUCCCCACUGCACCUAUGCCUCGCAGGACAUGUUCAAGCUGAAGCGUCAUCUGGUUGUCCACACGGGUGAGAAGAAGUAUCAGUGCGAUAUUUGCAAGUCCCGGUUCACGCAAUGCAAUUCCCUGAAGGCGCACAAGCUAAUCCACAGCGUUGCGGACAAGCCCGUGUUUCAGUGCACUCAAUGCCCCACCACCUGUGGCCGGAAGGCGGACCUGCGCCUUCACACUAUGCAUAUGCAUACGGCAGAUAAACCUAUACCCUGCAAGCGCUGUGGCCAGAGUCUGCCCGAUCGCUACCAGUAUAAGCUGCACAUAAAGACCCACGAGGGCGAGAGAUGCUAUCGUUGCAAGCUGUGCGAGUACGCCUCUGUUUCCCAGCGGCAUUUGGACUCGCACAUGCUCAUCCACUUGGGUGAGAAGCCCUUCACGUGUGAGCUGUGCCCGCAGGCGUUCCGUCAGCGUCAGCUGCUGCGGCGCCACAUGAAUCUCAUGCACAACAAAGAAUACCAGCGGCCUGAGCCGCGCGAGAAGAUGCACAGUUGCCCGGAGUGCACGCGGAUGUUUACCCACAAGGGUAAUCUGAUACGGCACAUGGAGACUCAUGACGACUCGAAGAAUGCUCGCGAGGAGCGGCUUAAAUUGAAAAUGGGUCGAAAUGUUCGUCUACAGCCAGAUGGUAGCAUCGUGACUCUGGUCAACGAAAGUGACUUCGCCAGAGACCUCAUUGACAUGGAGGAAGAAGACGAAGAUAACUUUGAACUGGCCGAUGUGGAGCCGGACAACUAUGAUGAUGAAAUUUUAGAGGCCAUCGGCAGCCCUACAGCGAAAUCAAAACAAAAUCCGGUUAUUAUCAACACACAACCCAGAAAGAGCUCCAUAAAUCAGCCCGUCAUCAUUAACCGCCGGCUCAGGUCCAAAGGCGGCACUAAGACAUUCCACAUUAAGGAAGAGCCAAACACCUCAGAGUUUACGGUUGAGCUGCAGGGCGAUGAUGGUCAGGUCAUGGUCGUGGAACUGGUUAAUGGCGACGAGGAGGUGGUGGUCAAACGCGAGCCCAAAGGCCCCAAGAUCAAUGCCGACAAUUGCUUUGGCUUUGAGGAGGAUGACACCGAAUAUGCGGAUUAUGGGGAAGAAGAUGCCGAAAUGGAUGGAACUUCACAGGAAUUUCUUCAGCUAAUGGAUAUGAUCGAACAAGAUAGUUAGUCCAUUGCAGGAUAAAAGUAAAUUAAUAAGGAUCUUGCAUUGUAUGUAAUAAGAUAAGAGUUAUACCGAAAUACGUACACACGUAAAGUAAUUUAAAUAUUAUAGAAUAAAUGAUUUGUUUUCUUAAUUAUAUCCCCAAAGUUCUAGUAUAGCAAAUAAUUCUAUAACUCAUAGCCAGUGGCGGAUACUUAUGUAAUUAACCAUUAUUGUUUACGCACGACAGUAGCCAAGCUGUGUCGUCAUUUUUCCGUCGCUUCGGCUAGCAUGCAACAGCCUUCUGCUACCGUUUUUCGGCCCCAAUACUGAAACAUCAUACUCAACAAUAAACAAAACAGCUAGUCAAAGACCUUUGUAGCUGCACAGAAGUUGUUGUUAAAGAUUCAAAGUAUUUUUAGAUGACAACUUGGCAUAAAUAUUUAUUUAAAUACAUACAAUAUAUAUAUUUCAAUGUUCUCAAUAGUGGUAUAUGGGCAAAAUGUUAGGUGCGCUUGCAUUUGAUCGAGCUGCAGCAUGUCUGGGCGUGCACUGUGUAACGCUGUAAAUUCUCGGCUAAUUAAUUAUCGUUUCCUACCAUAAAAUGUUUGCAUUGCAUAUUUGUUUUCAUCCAUCCUUCUUUCAUUUCUCUCUCUCUUCAGCAAUUCGGUUUCUUCACUGGCUAUCAUUUGUUUCUCUUGCCGUUUCAAGUGUAUAACUACAAUAAAAAUAUAUAUAUGUAUAUAUAUUUAGUAUAUAAUAUAUGUGUAUGUAUAUACUUUAGGUGGUGCAAUGUGCAAAAAUCUGCUGUGCAGUGCGCAUCAUUAUCAUUUAUCAUUAUUUCAAUAUAUAGUACAUAUAGAGUG